UCCCUCUCCCCACGUGAGCCCUGAGCCCAUAAGCGCCUUUGGCGCAGCCAUGGCCGCCCCCCCGGCCCGCACCGUGCUCGUCACCGGCUGCUCCUCGGGCAUCGGCCUGGCCCUGGCCGCGAGGCUGGCGACGGACCCGGGGGGGCGCUUCCGGGUCAUCGCCACCAUGCGGGACCUCGGGAAGAGCGGGAAGCUGGAGGAGGCCGCGGGAUCGGCCCUGGGGAGGACGCUGAGCAUCCGGCGCCUGGACGUGUGCAGCGACAGCUCCGUGGCCGAGUGCAUGGCGAGCAUCCCCGGGGGGCACGUGGACGUGCUGGUGAACAACGCAGGCGUGGGGCUGGUGGGGCCGCUGGAGAGCACGAGCGUGGAGCAGAUGAAGGGCGUCUUCGAGACCAACUUCUUCGGGGCCGUGCGCAUGAUCCGCGCCGUGCUCCCCGCCAUGAAGCGCCGGCGCAGCGGCCACAUCCUGGUGCUCAGCAGCGUCAUGGGCCUGCAGG